UCGUGGGUUUGUUUAUGUUUAGAACAUGUGGGUGAUAAUAGUUUCUUUUUUAUGUUGUGUUGUGGUUUGAGUUUGGUGCACUACAAUGUCCGCAGUAUUGAAAGGAGUACGCGCAUUAGUGUUACAAUCUACACUCCAAUCGUUUGUUAACAGUAAAUACUUAACGAACCGGCAACUGAGAGUAGUGUGCACAGGCCACCUGUGUUUUAGAUGCUAUGCUAAAACAGCCAGUGUAAAGGACAGGGAACACUGCAAUAUUGGAACAAUUGGCCAUGUCGAUCACGGUAAAACGACUCUUACUGCGGCGAUUACGAAAGUGCUUGAAAAAGACGGAAUGUGUAAAUUUAUUUCCUAUGACGAAAUAGAUAAAGCGCCAGAAGAAAAAGCUAGAGGGAUUACCAUUAACGCUGCACAUGUAGAAUACAGCACUUCAAGGAGGCAUUAUGCACAUACGGACUGCCCAGGGCAUGCAGAUUUCGUUAAAAAUAUGAUUUCUGGUGCUUCCCAAAUGGAUGGAGCGAUUUUAGUUGUGGCUGCGACAGAUGGACAAAUGCCACAAACCAGAGAACAUUUGCUGCUUGCGAAGCAAGUAGGCGUGAAGAACAUGGUCGUUUAUAUUAACAAAGCAGAUAAAGUUGAAGAAGACGUGCUGGAGUUAGUUGAAAUCGAAAUACGAGAGUUGUUAUCAGACUUUGGAUUUGAUGGAGUGAACACACCAAUAAUAAUUGGAUCGGCACUGUUAGCUCUGAAAGGAGAUUCUUCAGAUUUGGGGGAGCCGUCAAUAAGGAAGCUGCUUGACGCAAUUGAUGAACAUGUGAAAUUACCAGAACGGGACUUGAAGUCGCCUUACAUGAUGCCAAUCGACAACGCUUUUACAGUGCCAGGCAGAGGAACUGUUGUCAUAGGCACUAUACAGAGGGGAAUCAUGAAGAAAAAUAGCGAUGCAGAGUUGUUAGGAUUUGAUGAGUGUAUCAAGACAUCAAUUGGUGAUUUGCAUAUUUUUAAGAGAUCAGUCCAGGAAGCAAAAGCAGGUGAAAAUGUUGGUGUAUUACUAAGAGGAGUUCGUAUCAACUCAGUACAGCGAGGAAUGCUUUUGUGUGCCAGCAAGAGUGAAAGCUUGUGUAAUCAUUUUGAAGCUAAAAUUUAUUUUCUGUCGAGAGCGGAAGGUGGAAGAAGUAAACCAAUUGUAAACAAGUAUUCACAACAACUGUUUUGUAAGACAUGGAACAUUUUUUGUAGAGUUGAUCUCCAAGAUGACAAAGCAAUGAUAAUGCCAGGUGAACAUGCUACUGUAUAUGUCACUCUGCUGAAGAAAAUGGUGAUGUUAGUGGGGGAUCCAUUCACAAUAAGGGAAAACAAUGUGACUGUAGCAACUGGAAUAAUUACCCAGUCUUUGGAAAGUGUUCUUGUGCCAAAAGCAAAUCUCAGCAAGGUUGUAUUGACCCAAAGGACGUGAGUUUAACUUUUAAGACUGUUUUCAUCUUAGGCAAACUGUAAUUAGUGUACUUCUAUUUCAAGUUCAGUAUUUGUUUUGUCCCUAAGAAUUUUGAUAUAUUUAUGAAAUUUAUUUGCCAUGUGAGGUGUUUGAUCUCGUUAGUACAAAUAAUGUGUAUUUGUUUUAGUUCACAAAUAAAAGACUUUGCUUAUCAGA